CUUUGAUGAACUUGCAUAUUGCUAUUUUUUACUUUCAAGGUGAGUUUUACUCAUUGUCCAAACGUAUAUUUGGUUUGAGGUAUGUCUUUGGUCAUAACAAGGAUCCCAGGAAAUUACAGAAAACUGGCAAUUACUCAUUCUUAGGGGCUAUUAUAUUACUACAGUUUGUCUUUGAGUCACUUGUCAAAUUCAAAACUUAUCAAGACAGUCUUAAAAAAUCACAUACCAGUGAAGAAGACGAAGAAUCGAAGCCAUCCAGAAUUAAAUCUAUUAAACAAUUAGAAACAUACAACGAGUCGUUCACUGAAGAUUUAAAACUUAGUGAACGCGUAAAUUUCGACCUCUCAGACCCAAAUCAACUACCUUACAUCCCUGAAGCUUCCAGAUCGUGUAUGUUAUGUUUAUCACCAAUGACCAAUCCUUCUGCUGCCAAUUGUGGUCAUAUGUUCUGCUGGGUCUGCAUUGUUGAUUGGAUUCGUGAACACCCCGAGUGCCCCUUAUGUAGACUGCAGUGCCUUGAACAGAAUCUCCUCCCUCUCCGCUAAUGCCAUCUGUAUAGUUCAAUCCAUAGUAAUGGUAUACCAACCGCUAGCUAUUUUAUUAAGGUGUACGGAUGUAUAUAUCCAACGUUAAAGGUUUUUUUUUAAAAAAAAAAAAAGAAAGAAAAAAGUGAAAAAAUCUCAACAUGAAAUAAUCCGUGGCCUAAAACAACAAAGUAAUUUGGCUUGAUCUAGAAUUAAACUGUUCAACAAUUAGACUGUUCAACAAGUAACUGUUCAGCAAUUCAUUAAGAGGGAGAUAGGAAGAGGAUUCUUUAAGCUCUGCUUCGGUUCGAUCCAUACUCUGUCCAAAAAGGUUUUUUUUU